CCUUCAAAUCCUUUUGUUAAGAUAACACAGUUAACAAAACAAGUUGAAGAACAAAAUAUACAGAUUAUUGAGUUAAAAAAGAUUAAUUCAAAGUUAAAAGAAGAUUAUAAAAAAAUAAAGGCAAAUCUGAUCGCAAGACAAGUACUUGAUCGUGAUAUGGAACAUAUCUUAGAAUAA